AUGAUGCUGCUGCAUCAAUUGUUCGAGCAACAAGUUCUCCAGCACCCCGAGCGGGUUGCAGUCGAGUUUCGCGACAGAAGACUCACUUAUGGCCAUCUCAAUGAUUCUGCAAAUCGGCUAGCUGCGUAUAUCAGAUUUACCGGUACUCUGAAGUCAGGCACGGUGGCGCUCAGCCUGGACAAGGGGCCUCUGGUUGUGGUAGCUGUGCUCGCAGUGCUCAAGGCCGGGCUGGCAUGGGUGCCUCUACCUACCGAUGCGCCCCGACUGCGCAUUCAGAAAAUUCUGGAAAUUUCUCAAGCUGGUUUGGUGCUAACGUCUCAAGAUACGUUACACCUUACUGAUGGUCUGACCACAAACCUCGUACUUGACGACUUGGAGACCGACAGAAAGAUUCAGCAGCAAGCAUCCGCGAAUCUGCCUGCAACAGUCAGCCCAGAUGACCUCUGCCAUGUCAUAUUCACCUCAGGAUCAACUGGUAUCCCCAAAGGCGUCAUGAUCGAGCACAGGGCAGUGUUUCACAAUGCCCGCGUUUUGGCGGAGUUGUUUGCGCUUCACGAACACACUAGAACACUGCAAUUCGCAGCAUACACCUUCGAUGUCUUUGGUCUCGACCUCUUCAUGACGUUCUUUGCAGGUGGAUGCCUGGUCAUGGGUAACGUCUCGGACAUGAUGUCCGAUCUCACAGGCUUCGUGAACCACACCCACGUCAACUACGCGCAGCUUACACCUACGGUGAUUUCCCUCCUGGACCCGACAAGUGUACCGUCCCUAGAAGUCCUGGCCAGUUCUGGGGAGCCAUUGACGGCGGAAAUUGUCCAGCAGUGGCGCCAUCGGGUUCGGCUCAUCAAUGCCUAUGGGCCGACCGAGACCAUCGUUUGUACCGUUCAGGACAUGACUGCAGGCGAUCUAGCCGAUCCACAGAUCAUUGGCACUGCUAUCAAAGGCUCAGAAGUCCUAGUCAUGCUGGAGGGCUGCGCAGAAGAGGCUCCGCUAGGUACGGUCGGCGAGAUCUGCGUCGGUGGUAUUCAAUUGUUCCGCAGUUACCUGGGGGUUGACCACAGCCAUUCGGGAUUCUUCUUCCAUCGUGGAUCUCAGAAGUUCUAUCGGACUGGGGACUUUGGUGUGGUCACUCAGCUCUCUGGUGCCCAUAAUGUCAUCCGCUGUCUGGGCCGACAAGAUAGCCAAGUCAAGGUUCAUGGGGUCCGAGUCGACCUUGGCGAUGUUGAGAGUGCAAUUGGCAGCCAUACAGUAACCCGGCACUGUAUUUCUCUGGCCCCCAAAUCUGGACCUCUGCAAGGAAGGCUUGCUGCAGUCUUGACAGUCGAUCAUGUUGGGGGGAAUUGGGAGCAGAUUACAACAGGGGUUCCUGAGAUGAAUGUUCUCCAGCCUACCGAGUCCGUUCAACGUGAAAGACUGAGGGACUUGGUUGCCUGCGUACAAGAGAUGGUUCCGCCCCAAGCGGUGCCUAGUAUCUGGUGGGUUGUUGACAAGUUCCCGCUCACUGUUAGCGGUAAACUCGACCGUAUUUCGGUUCAACGAUGGCUGGAAGGCAUGACGAAGCAAGACUACACGCAGCUGAUGCAGGCUUGGCACACCGAACAAGAGGACUCUGCCACAUCCAGUGGUAGUGUAGCCAUACAACGGCGGCUGGUUGGCUUGUGCAGCAGAGUCUUGGGUGUUGACGUCAUCGCCGUGAAUCCUCAUGCCCCAGUGUUGCACAUCGGCUUCGAUUCCUUGACCAUCAUUCAACUAGUGUCCUUGGCCCGAAGAGAGGGAAUCGAUUUGAACGUGCAGCAAGCACUUCGGGAAAGUUCGAUCUCGCAGCUAAGUGCUUCUCUAUCCAGGGAACGGCCAACCACCGCGCGAACGGGCCAGUCCAUCGAUGAGGAGCCCUUCAGCCUGGCACCCGAGGGCGCUGACCUACAGGAGUUGAAGGCCUCAGUGGCAGAACAAUGCCAUGUUGCUCCUGAUGAUGUUCUGGAUGUGUAUCCUUGCACACAAUUGCAGUCUGGCAUGAUGGCGCUGGCGGCCCGUAGAUCUGAUGCUUACAUCUGCGUCAUGAGCUUCCUACUCUCGCCCAAGGUUGACAAGACCCGGUUCGAGGUUGCGUGGGAGCAACUUCAGUCCGGAGUCCCUCUCCUCCAAAAUCGGAUCGUGCACGGCCUCGGAGCCGGUGGAUUGCUCCAAGCAACAAUUCGCCAUCGGAUUACACCCAUCAGCGAUGAUGUCUUCAACUCCACGAUGUCAUUUGGAGACAGUCUGUGUCGAGGCCGAGUUGUUUGGGACGAUACUGCACAUGCAUGGAAGUUUAUCAUGAAAAUCCACCACUCUUUGUUCGACGGAUGGACGAAAGGACUAAUGUUGUUGGAACUGAAAAAGAUUUACGAAUCUAGAGAUCUACCUGCACCUACUGUCACUCCGUUCAAGAGAGUCGUCGCCUACCUUGUCGAAGACAUCAAUAGCAACGGGAAGAAACAUUCUCUUUUCUGGAGACAUUAUUUGGAUGGUUGUGAUGUAACCGACUUCCCCAGGAUGACGCUCAAAUGGACAGGGGAGCUCACGUCACAUCACACUCUGAUCCAUGACAUCAAUGUUGACACAUCGACCACAACCAAAAAAUUUCAAGUCACGGCCACCUCGGUCAUCCAGGCAGCUUGGGCUCUUGUCUUAGGCAAACACACAGGGACAGACGACGUAGCCUUUGGCAGCACUCUUUCUGGUCGAAAUCUCCCUGUCGAGGAUGUUGACCGUAUAAUCGGCCCGACCAUGACGACUGUUCCCUGCCGGGUUCGAUGGGACAGGUCGACUACGUUGAGAUCUUUCCUAGAGCAGCUCCAUCGGCAUUCUGUUGAGUUAAUCUCACAUCAACACUAUGGACUUCAAGACAUAGCGAGCCUCGGACAAGACGCAAAGAACGCUUGUUCUUUCCGUUCAAUUCUGGUCGUCCAGCCAUAUGACACAUCGGCCGAUAAUCUCAGUGAUUUUAUCAGAGAGGAGGAACACCUUGGCUCAGAUGUGCUCCGUACAUAUCCUCUUGCCAUCGAGUACAUUCCGCUGGACUCCAAAAGCGCCAGGAUCAAAGCUCACUACGACGAAAAUGUUGUUCAAAAGGAGAUGCUACUCUGGGUUAUUCGCCAUUUCGAAUCGGCCCUCCGUAAAUUUGGCUUUGCAGAUCCCGAAGUAGCUGUCGCAGACAUCGAGGUUAUGGAUCGUGCCGAGGUGGAACAAGUCCUUGCGCUCAGCCGCAGCCAUUCACCGAAGAUCGAUCGUUGCCUCCACGAGCUCGUGCAGGAGGCAGUUGAUAAUUUCCCCGACUAUGUCGCCAUCCGCCAAUUCUCUCCGCCAAAGACUGUUUCUUAUCGCGAACUUGGCCGCUUGUCAAAUUCUCUAUCCCGACGUCUCAGCCACUUGUACAACGUUGGAGUAGGAGACAUUGUACCUCUUGCGUUCGAGAAGUCAGCCUUGGCAAUCAUUGCAAUGAUGGCUGUGCUGAAGGCAGGGGCUGCAUAUGUGCUACUUGAUGCAUCCCAACCCGUCCAACGCCUCCAGCAGAUGACUCGGCUGCUGAAGUCAAGACUCACUCUCUGCUCUUCACGAUGCUUUCCUGCGAUGCAGAACGUUGGUGGGCAGGCUUUGGAGAUCAACGACGAGUGUCUAUCUGAGACAGGGCUUGACCUUGACCCCACCGAUAUCCACCACAUGCCAGCUUCUCCAUGUGAUCUUGCAGUCGUCUUUUUCACAUCGGGCAGUACAGGACAACCGAAGGGCGUGGCUUCCAGCCACUCUGCGUUCACUACUUUCACGUUUGACAUGGGGCUCAAGGACAUCUAUUGCACCUUACUCUCCGGCGGGUGCAUCUGCCUGCCUGACGAGCAGGAUCGUCUUAAUCCGGAGGCGAUGCGCGAAAUGGACGUCAACGUCGCCUUUCUGACCCCCUCCAUAGCGGAGACGAUAGAAGUCGAGGACGUGCCAAACCUCCAAAUCCUAAACCUGGGUGGUGAACGGGCCACUGCCUCGGUCAUUCGCAAAUGGGCUGAUCGGGUGAGACUGAUCAAUUCUUACGGCCCCACAGAGACGGUCGCGUGCUUGACGGCUGCUGACUGGCUGACUCACGACGCCAACCCGGACCACAUCGGACAGGCUGUGACUGGACAGAUGUGGAUCGUGCAGAGGAACUCAACCGGCUGCAUUGUUCCGUCGCCUAUUGGAUGCGUCGGCGAGAUUGCGAUCGCUGGCUUUACCGUCGCCCGGGGAUAUCUCAACGAUCCUGUGAAGAGUGGCGAGGCAUUUGUCGAGCCACCAGAGUGGAUGUGGCCUGCCGUAGCCGGCUCUCGACUGUAUCUCACGGGUGAUCUGGGCAUGCGUGAACCCAGCGGUGAUGUCAGGUACGUUGGGAGGAACGAUAGACAGGUGAAGAUCCACGGCAUCCGCAUCGAGCCGACCGAGGCAGAGCAUCAUCUUCGCCGUCUGGGGGGCAUCUUCACUUCGGCCAUCGUCGACUCGGCGCGUCUCACAGAAGCAGAGUCAUCGCUCUCCUUGGUGGCUUUUGUGCUGGUCCACGGUGGUCGGGAUGAACAGGAGACGUCGGCAGUGAUUGUUGAUCCCGAAUUCGUCCCAGUAGACUUCUACACUGCUUGCCAAGACGCGCAGGUGCGUCUGGCGGAGAGGAUUCCUCGGCAUCUGGUACCGAAAUAUUUCAUCCCAGUCCACCAUUUCCCUCUAUCUUCAUCCAGCAAGACAGACCGCAGGCGUCUCCGAGAUGCGCUCGAGAACGACGCACAUGGCGAUCACCACGUGGCCAUGAACUCGACGCGCGGCGCCUCCGAGCGCUUACCCCCGCAGACUAAGCUGGAGCGGUGCGUUUGCGAAGCGUGGAAGACGGUGCUGUCAGCGGAAACGCCCUUCGGUCUGAACGACGACUUUUUCAGGGUCGGAGGCGACUCCUUUGCGGUCAUCAAACUGGUGCUCGUCUGCAGGAAGAAGGGGCUGCAACUCUCCGCCGCAGAUGUCUACGACAGGCCCACCCUUGCUAGAAUGGCCGCAGCGGCGGUGGAACUCCCCGUUGCAGAAAAGACCAAGACUGGUGAAGCCGAGACUCCGGAUCCCUUCUCUCUGCUUCCUGGAUCUGUCCAAAGUCUUUUGGUCGAGGCUGCGCAGGUCUGCGAUGUCGACGUGGAAGAGAUCGAGGAUAUGUAUCCAGCGUCACCGUUUCAAGAAGGCCUUGCUGCGGUCAACUUGCACACUAAAUCGGCUUACAUGGCUCGCUGGGUAUACCAUCUACCCGGUUCGGCGGACCUUGAUCGACUCCGAACGGCCAUGGAGUUUGUCAUUGCGCGGAAUCCAAUCCUGCGCACGACUCUGGCCCACCUCUCCUGCGGUACUACCCAAGUGGUGCUCAAGUACGGCCCAUGGACGACGAAAGGCCAUGAAGAGGACGCUGGGAUAGAAGGCAACCGCCUCUUCGCUUACUCUCUGUCUCGUACCGAUCGUGGAGAUACGUGCUUGCAGAUCGACAUGCACCACGUCCUCUACGACGAGUGGACAGUCGGCUUCUUCCUGGACGACCUGGUACACAAUUAUUCUACCCCGGGAAGCGAGCGCCAAGGUAGGCCCGGCUAUGCGAAGUUCAUUCGUCACCUCGCCAACACGGAUUACGAAGCUUCAGCGGCGUUCUGGAGGGGCAACCUGGAACACACAAGCCCCUCGAACUUCCCCCGUGCGCCUCAGAGCGGGCGUCUCCCUCAGACGAGGGCGGCGGUCCAGUCGGCCGACCAGAUAUGUUUGGAAGAGUCGAACCGCUCGGCCAUAACGCCUGCCGUCGUUUCCGCCGCAGCACUGGCCGUGCUCUUGUCCUCGUACGCCCAGACCGAGGACGUCGUCUUCGGAGUCACGCUCUCGGGGCGACACGUCCCCGGUCUGGAAGAAGUCGCCGGACCGACGAUUUCCACCGUUCCGCUCAGACUGAAGAAGACGGGAGGGGGCGAGCAAUCCACCACCACCGCCGCCGACUUUCUGGCGCUCGUGCAGUCCAAGAUGCGGGCGCUGCAGGACCACCAUCACUUCGGGCUGCGGAGGAUCAGGCAGCUGGGCGGCGAAGGUUGCAGAAGCGCGUGUGCGUUCCGCACGCUCCUCGUCGUCCAGCAGGACGCGAGAAGACGGGCGCGGGCCGCCGGCGUGCUCCUCGAUCUCAGGCCGGUCGACGAGGAAACGUCCAUGUCCUUGAACUACGGGCUGGUGGUGCUUCUGUGCACCGACCACGCGACCGGGUCCGCCAGAUUCAGGAUCGAGUACGAUCCGGACAGCAUCGCCGAGCAGCAGGCACGACGUGUUCUGCGCCAGCUCACGGAAAUCGCUCGGCGUCUGUCUUCCAUGCAGGGCACGCUCGGGGCCAUCAAGGCGGAUUGUGGAGAGGGUUUCGAGCAGCCGAUGCAGACCGAGCCACAAAAUGGAGACGUGGGCAGCCACGGCGGCAAGACGGCGUUGCAGACGGCGUCACAGAGUCGAUUGCGGCAUAUCUGGGCCAAUGCAAUGAACCUGCCACCCGAGAGCAUCGGCGCGAGCGAUACCAUCUACGGCCUGGGAGGAGACUCGAUGACGCUCAUAAAACUGCUGUACGGGGCAAGGAAGAAGGGGUUUCGUCUCGUCGUUGGGGGGGAGGUGAACCAGUUCACGACACUGGCUGAUAUGUCGCGGUCCCUGGAGGAGGCUUCGCGCCGGCUGGAGCCGGAGGGGCCCGCACGGUUCUCGCUGGUCAAGGGCAUGUCGGAACAAGAAUGCAUCGAGGACGCGGCGGCGAAGUGUAACGUCGACGCGGCCCGCGUUGAGGAUGUGUACCCGUGCACGUCGCUGCAGGAAGGCCUCAUGGCUCUGAGCUCGAGGGAGGCUGGGUCUUAUGUGGCGCAGAAUUGCUUCAAGAUCUUGGGAACCGACGUCGACAUGAACAGGCUCCAGUCGGCAAUCCUCCGGGUGUGGCAUGCCGAGCCCAUCCUCCGCACCCGCAUAUUCGUUGGUGCGAAGCUCACCACCUUCCAGGUCGUGAUACGCGGUGACGUCGGUAUCUGCCAGCAUGGCCAUGCACUGCACGAGUUCCUGGCCAGGGACAGGGAGAUUCCGUUCGAGUACGGGCAGCCGCUGAGUCGGUUUGCGCUGGUUGACGACGGCCGGGGCCAAGCACACCUCGUCUUGUCGCAGCAUCACGCCGUCAGCGAUGGAUGGGCCACCAACCUACUGGUCAACGCCAUCAAACGAGAGUACGGCGGCGCUGGGCAGCUGAAUCGGGUGAACCGUAUGCCUUCGUUUGUCAAGUUCGUCGGCAGCACGCAGCACUCAAGCGAAGCCGCGCUGUUCUGGAAGACGGUCCUAGACGGGGCCUCUGCCACCGAGUUCCCGCACUCGAGGAAGAACGACGGCUUCCGCGCCGCCGCGUGGGCCAGCACUGCAUGCUCCAUCGCACGCGCACGCGGGACCGCUCUCCCCACGGUGCUCGAGGCGGCGUGGGGCCUCGUGCUCGGCAGGCAUGCUGCCUCGGACGACGUCUGCUUCGGCACCGUGCGCUCGGGCAGGACGGCGGCGGUGCCGGAAAUCGACAGCCUCAUGGGGCCGGCCAUCGUGACAGUGCCUCGGCGCCUGAAACCCCAGGCCGCGCUGAGCGUCGCGCAGUACCUCGAGCAGGUCUAUUACCAGGCGGCGCAGGCGCUGCCCUUCGAGCAGCUCGGGCUGCAGCGCAUCCGCGAGCUGGGUGAGGAUGCCAGAAACGCAUGCAGCUUCCGCACGCUGCUCAUAAUCCAGCCGGAGCAGCCGGCUCUGCAGGACGAGCCGGGCGGGCUGGCCCUGGAGCAAGUAGACGUCGAGUCCAUGGUGGGCACGUACGCGCUGUCGACGUACUGCCUGCUGGGCGAAGAUGGCGAGCUGACGAUCCGCAUCAACUACGACGACGGCGUUGUUUGCGAGAGCGAGGUGCGGUGGAUAGCGUACCACUUCUGUCAAGCGGCCACGCAGCUCGCCGAACGGGCAGGCGGCCUGGUGGGGGACGUCGACCUGUGCGGCGACGAGGACAGGAAGCAGAUCGCAUGCUGGAAUGCCAGCAAGGUGGACGCAACGGAGCAACGCAUCGAAGAAGCGUUCCGGCAACGGCUCGGCCAGUGGACGGGCCUCAGCGCUGUUGACGGCCACGACCGCCGGCUGACGUACGCGGAGCUCGACGGCGCGGCCCGCAGCAUAGCCCAGCUGCUCCGCGACCGAGGCGUGCGCUGCGGGGACCUGGUCCUCGUGUGCAUGGAGAAGUCGGCGCUGAUGGUCGCCGCGCUGCUCGGAGUCUUCAUGGCGGGCGCGGGCUACAUCCCGCUGGCAAUCGACAACCCCGUCGACCGGCUCAAGAGCAUCGUCGGCCAAGCGCCGGCACAAAUGCUCCUCUGCUCGCGCCAGCAGGAGCCUCUAUGCCGCGCGCUGGCGCCAGCGGCGGCGGCAGUGCUGGAGUGGGAGCUGCUUGACGGCCGGCCGGCGGCGGCAGACGGCAGCACGCAAAAGGCGCAGCCGACGGACCUGGCCUACAUCAUGUACACGUCAGGCAGCACCGGCGUCCCCAAGGGCGUCAUGCUCUCGCACACGGCGCUCAGCACGAGGAUGCUGGCGCAGGGCUCGCGGCUGGGGUACCGGCCGGGGACGCGCACGCUCCAGUUCUGCUCGUACGCCUUCGACUGCAGCCUGACCGAGAUGUUCAUGACGCUGCUGCACGGCGGCUGCGUCUGCGUGCCGACCGAGGAGCAGCGGCUCACGUCGCUGGCCGCCGUCAUCAACGCCGAGCGCAUCGACAUGGCGGUCCUGACGGCGACGGUCGUCGGCGGCAUGCUGCAGCACCCCGACCGCGUGCCGGGGCUGUCGACGCUCAUGCUGGUCGGCGAGCCGGUGACGCAGCAUAUUGUCGACGCCUGGAGCGGGCGGGUGCGCGUCAUCAACGACUACGGCCCGACCGAGGCGUGCGUCGACGCCGUCAUCAACGUCGGUGUGGGCCGCGACACGGAUCCGGCCAACAUCGGCCACCCCGUCGCCGCGUACGCCUGGGUGGUCGACGCGGCCGACCGCGCCAAGCUGGCCCCGGUCGGCUGCCCCGGCGAGCUGCUGCUGGCCGGCCCGACGCUAGCCGUCGGCUACGCCGGCGACACGGCCCGGACCGAUGCCGUCUUCCUGCCCGCCGCGCGCUUUCCCUGGGCGCGCCGCGACGUCGCGCGCCUCUACGCCACGGGCGACGUCGCCAAGCUGCGCGGGCUGCGCGUCGAGCUGCGCGAGAUCGAGUUCUUGCUCGAGAAGGCCGACCACAUCGCCGCCGCCGUGGCCGACGUCGUGGCCGGCCAAGCGCUGGUGGCCUUCGUGGCCGUCGAGAGCGGCGCCCGCGCCGUGCUGCCGCUGGCGAGCAUUCCCAUGACCGCCGCGCGCAGCGACCUCGCGACACUGCGGCGCCUGUGGGCCGACGUCCUCGCCGUCGACGCCGACAUGAUUGGAAUCAACGCCGAUUUCGUCGUGCUGGGCGGCAACUCGCACCCGGUGCUGGAGCAGAUGGCGCUGCACAUGGCCCAGCUCCAGCCGCAAGCCGCCGAGCCGAUGCCCUCGAUGCACCGCCGCCAGAUCGGCGAGACGUACCGCAUCGCGAACAUCGAGGACCCGCGGGCCUAUGUUGCAACCGAGCAGUUCCUCCUGGCGCCGUCGACCGACGUCGCGCGGUUCAAGGCGGCCUGGGACGCCGUCGUCUGCUCCGGCGACGCGGUGCCGUGGUCGUCGCCCGACGAAGAAGAAGACAUGGGUCUCGGCAGCCCUCUUGUCCGCUUCAGUCUGCAGGGUCGGCCCCCCUUUCGCGCCUACGUCCAGCAUCUGCUCGGCCUGGAUCGCGACGCCGCCACGAGCUUCUGGGCGAAGGAGCUCGCGGGCGCCGAUGCCGACCACUAUCCCAGACUCCCCCCCGGCCGCCCGUGGGCCGAGACCAGCCAGUCCGUCGAGCUGGUCACCACCUUCGCCGAGGACUUCAAGCGGACACUCGCAUUCUCCAAUGUCGCCAGGGCUGCGUGGGCCCUCGUGCUCGCAGUCCGCGGCCGCCGCCCGGCGCCGACGCACGACGUCUGCUUCGGCGCAGUCGCGUCCGGCCGGAUGGAACCCGUGCUGGCCGUCGAGGACAUGGCAGGGCCGACGCUGGCCACGGUGCCCAAUGCGCUGGAGACGGCGCCGUGCGAGCACGUCGGCCUCCGCGCCAUCGCCGGGGCCAGCCGCGACGCAGAGGCGGCGUGUCGCGCAACCCCGCUGUGCCGCCCGGUCGAGGCGGCGGGCGGCACGGGCAUGAUGCUGCAGCCGUACGGCAUCGAAAUGCGCGGGCUGCUGGACCACUUCUCGCGCGCCGUCGGGCUCCUCGUCGACCCGGCACACGGCGCGUCCCAGAUGCUGUCUUUCAACGGGCCCCCGCUGCCGCGGCUCCCAAUCUGCCUCCACGAGCUGACGCUCAGCUACGCAGAGCUGGACCGCGCUGCGAGUCGGCUCGCCGCUCAUCUGCAACGCCGCUUCGGCGUCGGCCCGCGCAAACUGGUCCCGCUCUGCUUCGAGAAGUCCAGCUACAUGGUCAUCGCCAUGCUGGCAGUCCACGAGCAGACGGGCGCGGAUCUGGUCCUCGUGUCGGCGGCUCAGCAGCGCCGUGUCGUCGACGAGCUUGUUGGCGCAAGCGUCUUCGUCGUCGACGCCGCCGCUUGCCGCGAGCGUGCCGGCGGCGGCGGCACGCCAGAGCCUUGCACCGGCCCGCACGACGUGGCUUACGUCAUAUUCACGUCCGGAAGCACGGGGAGGCCCAAGGGCGUUGUCAUGGAGCACGGCAGCCCCUUCAGGACUCUGCAGUUCAGCUCUUACGCGUUCGACGUCAGCGUCGCCGAGGUCUUCGCCACGCUGGCGUUCGGCGGGGCCGUCUGCGUUCCCGCCGACGACGAGAGGCUGAGCAAUCUGCCCGGCGUGGUGGCGAGCAUGCAGGUGGGCGUUGCGUUCCUCACCCCUACCAUGGCGGGCGCCAUGCGUCCGGAAGAGGCGCCCUCGCUGGAGCUGCUCUGCUUGACGGGCGAGGCCCGGACGCCGUCGGCCGUCCGCGCGUGGACAUCGUGGGCCAGCUCCGCCGCCCAACGACGCCUCUUCGAUGCGGUGGAGCGCGAUACGCCGCCAAACAACAUCGGGUCGCCGUUUGGCGGACAGCUCUGGAUCGUCGACGCCGAGGACCACACGAGGCUGCUUCCUGUAGGCUGUGCCGGCGAGUUGGUCAUCUCGGGCGCAACGCUCGCUCGGGGGUACCUGAACAAUGCCGAAGAGACGGCAAAGGCCUUCAUUGACCAUGUCUCAUGGCUUGAAGACGGCGAGGCUCGGCGCAUCUACAAGACGGGGGACGUCGGCAGGUUUGCAUGCGACGGCACCAUCGAGUUCCUGGGCCGCAAGGACGGCCGUCAAGUCAAGCUCCACGGCGUGCGUGUCGAGCUGAGUGAUGUCGAGGCGGCGUUGCAAUCAUGCGAGGCAGCUACCCCGGAGAUCAUGGCCAUGGCGCAGCAUGCCGAUGAUGAACGGCCGGAACUGAUCGCUCCCAGCCCUCCGCCAAGCUUGAAGUCUUGGAUUCGAGCGACCCUUGGAUCCCUUCGCCGCUUGCUGCCGGCCUACAUGAUACCUUCGCUGCUCCUACCAGUGCCGGUCUGGCCGCGCACGACUUCUGGCAAGACCGAUCGUCGGAUGCUCUGUAACGCGGCUAGCAGCCUUGUAGCUGGGGUUCUAAGUCUCUAUCAGGCCGCUGGAAGCGCCGAGCCGGAAAAGUCGGAGCGCGGCGCUACGCUUAACAGAGCCGAGCGAGCAAAGAGCAAGCAGAAGAUGCUCGGCAGCAACAGGACCUCCGUAGCAGAAACUCACGAUCAGGUAGCGGAUUCUUGGAGACGGGCGCUACGUCGCGACAGCGAGAUCCGAAUAAUGGCGGAAGACGACUUCUUCGCCGCCGGCGGCGAUUCGGUCUCGGCCAUUUUUCUCGUGGCAGAGCUGCGGCGGAAAAACAUGCACAUUACCGUCAGUGACGUCUAUCGGUGUAGGAGUUUGGGCGAUAUGGUUGACCUGGUGCUGUCGGCCCACGAAGAUGAUGACUGCGUUGGUGCCACAACGAAACCCUUCUCCUUAUUGCAGCAGCCUGCGGGCUCACAGCUCCAACAUCUCCUGGAUGACGCAGCGUCCCAGCUUGGCAUCGAUUCCAAUUCAAUCGAGGACAUGUACCCCUGCACUCCGCUGCAGAACGGCAUCAUGUUCUUAUCGGAGAGGGUGACAGGAUCGUACCACGGCCACUUCCGCCUCCUGAUGCCUCGUAAGUUGGACGUGAACAGGCUGUACCACGCCUUUGAGAAGCUGGUCGAGAUGCACGACAUUCUUCGGACAAGAAUCAUUUUCGAUAGGAGCUUUGGUGGGCUACAGGUCGUUUUAAGCUCUGCCGCCCAUCUCAAGACUCUACGGAAAUUCACCGAGCGGGAGAAGACGACGGCUUUCCGCUACGGGUCACCACUGUAUCGAUACACCCUGACGGCGGGCGGUGACGGCAUCUACCUCGAGCUAGUAUGCCACCACUCCAUGUACGACGGCUGGUCCCUACCGCUCCUGGUCGAGGACCUGCGCUGUCUGUAUCACGACAUUGACUUCUCUCCGGACCCCACCACGCCUUUCAAAGACAUGGUCGCGUAUGCUUGCGACCCAUCCAUCAUCCGGGCGGCGGAAGAAUUCUGGGACGUGUAUCUAGACGGCGCAGCCGUGUCUGAUUUUCCCGAGGUCGCCGACCGCGUACACCACUCAAUCCGCGCGACAGCGUAUCACGAACGCGCCGUCACGGCAAUCGAAAAGAAGGCGUCUCAGCGCAUCACCAUGGCGACGAUUCUAGCGGCCGCCUGGUCCAUUGUUGUCUCGAGGCACGCCGGAUCCAGCGACGUGUGCUUCGGCGUGCUGCUCUCAGGGCGAAAUGCGCCCGUCGCGGGAAUCGAGGGGAUCAGAGGCCCGACCAUCAACACGGUCCCCUUUCGGGUCGUCCUGGACCCCGCGAGCACGACCACUUCGGCCGUGCUCGAGCAAGUCCAGUCACACAUGGUCGCCAUGAUACCCCAUCAAUUCAUCGACCUGGCGAAACUGCGCAAGGCUUUCGCUGGCGCGCGUCAGGACUUUGGGAGCCUUUUGGCGAUCCAGUCGGCGGGGAGCAGCAGCACGGACGGUGGUGGACGGGACUUCAGUCUCGGCUCAGCCCCCUCGGAGAAGGCGCAGGUCGGUGCCAUGUUUGGGGAGCCGUACCCGUUGUUCUUGGAGGCCACCACCGUCGCCGGGCCAGGAAACGACGUGCUCCUCGCGGCGCAAUUUGAUCCGGAAAUCCUCUCCAUCGGCCACGUGGAGCGCAUCCUCGGCCAAUACGAGACGGCCAUCCGGCUGUUGGCCGGUGUCGAGCUGGGGUCAACGCUGGUCUCCGAGGCCGCACUACUUUCCGCGUCCGACGAACAAUGCCUUCGAGACUGGGCCGGGGAACCCAUCCAGCCCGAGGCCGACUGUGUGCACCAGAUGAUCGAGCGGUUCGCUGCUGCUCACCCGGAGAAGCAGGCCAUCGAGGGCUGCGGCGAGCAUGUGACCUAUGCGCAGCUGGAGCAACGGGCAAACUCGCUGGCGGAUCAUCUGCUGCGACUUGGCAAGAACGUGGGGCCCGGCAUGAUUGUACCAGUCUGGAUGGAGACGUCCCCUACGGCCGUCGUGGCGUUGCUGUCGAUCCUGAAGCUGGGAGCCAGCUACGUGCCUCUCGAUCACCGCUUACCCGUUGCGCGAGCCCAGUCCAUCGCAAAUGACGUGGCGGCCGACGUUAUGCUCGUGUCCAAGGAAAUGUCAGAUGCAGCAAGCCAAGUGGUGCGCCAGAUAAGCGACAGAGGCGUGACGGUGGUUCAGCCUUCCGACCUCGCGUACGUCAUAUACACGUCUGGUAGCACUGGGGAGCCAAAGGGCGUGAUGAUGGAGCACUGGGCCCUCACGGCCACGGUCAAGGCGCAAGCCGCGACGUAUGGCUUCGAUUGCACCACCCGCAUGUUCGGCCUCGCCAGCCUGAGCUGGGACCCCAGCAUACUCGAGAUCUUCGCGACGCUGUCGCACGGCGGGUGCCUGUGCAUCCCGACGGAACGCGAGCGCAGCCAAGACCUCGUCGGCGCCAUCAACCGGCUGCGGGCGGACCAGAUCAGCACGUCGCCCGCCGUGGCGUCUCUGAUCGACCUGUGCGCGACGCCGACCGUGAAGGUCAUCGCCCUGGGCGGCGAAGUCGUGCGCGAGGAGAACAUCCGCAACGCGCACGAGGCCGGAGUGCGCCUGUUCAACAUCUACGGUCCCAGCGAGGCGUGCAUCGACGCCAUCGUCCACCGCAACGUGGUUCCCGGCGUCGACACGCGGAACAUUGGUCGCCCCAUGUCGAGCCAGGUCUGGAUCGUAGACCCGGGCAACCCGCGCCGGCUGGUGCCGCCCGGCUGCGUGGGCGAGAUUGCCUUGUCGGGCACACUGGCACGGGGGUACUUGAAUGAUGCCGUCAAGACGGCCAGCCGUUUCGUGACCGAUUGCCCUUACGCGUCCCCGGUGUACUUGACCGGCGAUCUUGGGCGGCAUCAUGUCGACGGCUCGGUGUAUUUCCUCGGCCGGAAGGAUAGGCAGGUCAAGCUGAACGGCCAGCGUGUCGAGUUGGGCGAAAUCGACGACGCAAUCAGGACGCUGUGCCCAGGCACGCAAGUCGCCGUUGAUUACUUCUCGACCACUGGUGAUGCCAAGAAGCGACUGGUCGUAUUUUCCUCUUCUUCUCCUUCCUCGCCGCCGCCUGAACGGGGAGACCGCGGUAGGGCCCUGGUCCAGCUACCCAGGUACAUGGUUCCCCGCAUCUUCAUCACAGUCUCGUAUCUCCCUCUAUCCAACGCAGACAAGGUCGAUUUCCACGCACUCAGGGCAGCAUACACCAGGUGGGAAGAGAAAUCGGCCGCCAGUGUCGACCAGGAUGCUGAGUUUCCACCGCCAUCGCCUCCCUCUACUCCUUCAUUGACAACAGCCGCGACCAUGUUGCGCAGCAUGUGGGCUUCAGUCAUCGGGUGCCCCGAACAGUCAAUACGGGCACACGAUGACAUCUUUGACCUUGGAGCAGACUCUUUGACUGUGCUUAAAUUAGCGACACUGGCACGCACGAAAGGGAUCAGCAUGUCGGUCGCUGACGUUUACGCGUCACCAACACUAUUACACAUGGCUAGACUAGUUCCGUCGAGCGUUGCUGACGAGAGUUCCCCCGUUGGAGACAACCUUGAAUGCCCACCGAAGUUCUCCUUACUCCCAGACUUCAUUAGGAAGAGGUUGUUGGAGAAGGGGACAGAGAGCGACAAUGAAGUGAUCGACGCAUACCCGUGUACCACCAUUCAGACAACGUCGCUCAUCCAGGGCCAGAAGAGACACAAAGCCCAUUAUGCAUGGUUUCUACUUCAGAUUAAAGGCAGUGCGGACGAGCUACAUCUGCGCAAAGCCUGUGGCCUCUUGAGCGAGCGUCACAGUGCCUUGCGUACCACCUUCCGCAUCAUCGACGGCCAAUUCAUCCAGCAGCUCCACAAACGGCCUCGAAUCGACUUCCAAAAGCUAGAGCCAUGUGACUCUGUGGAAGCAUUCUGUUCUCUUCUCGAUCAAAACGUCCCUAAUCCAGUCAACUUUGACCAAGUCCUGACCAGAUACAGAAUAGCGGAGUACGCCGAUGGUAGGGGGUAUCUUCUUGCAAUUGGCAUGUCUCAUGCGCAGUAUGAUGGGUUUUGCUGGAGUACCAUCCUCAACGAUCUUCAGCAGGCGAGCAUGAGUAACGGCGGCGGAAAGCCUUCCCCUCCAUUCUCCCGCUUCAUCGGUCACAUGCUCCAGACCUCUCGGGAUGUGAGAACCCAGUCAUUCUGGAGGGACCUCCUGCGCGGCUGCACAAUGACUACGUUCACGGGGCCGGCAGAACAGACGCAUCUGCGCAGGGUGCUAGACAGGAAACAUGUCGGCAUACUCCCGCGGUACGACACCCGACCUGGCAACGCCACGUUUGCAAUGAUUGUAAAAUCCGCCUGGGCGAUCGUCCUGUCCUGCCUUUCCGGCAGUGCAGACGUGACUUUUGGCUCUCUGGUCUUCGGUCGUGACCCAGAAGUUGCCGGAGUCGGUGAGAUGGUUGGUGCCUGCAUCAAUGUGGUGCCCAACCGCGUUUCAUUGGCGGACGGCCGUGAGAACUGGACUGCUUCCGACCUCCUCGAGCACGUCCGGCGCCAACAGGUUGAAAUGGGUCCGUUUGAGACCACACCUCUACCUACCAUCUGCAGGAGUGCGGACUGGCCCUCGACCACCAGGUUCGGCAGCAUUGUGCAACACCAAAACAUAGACGAGAGCGUUUUCGCCUCAACAGGCACCAUGGAUCCAGCCAGCAGCAGCAGCGAUAAAUGGAACUACCUUGGCAAUGCGUCGUACCCCGGGGUCUGCGAUGACGUCAUCGAUUGCUGGAUCACUACGGUGCCUCUGCCCGAUGAGACCCGGCUUGAGUUCGCGUACAACAGGUCUUCGAUCUCGGAUGAUGUCGCUGCCUCCAUAACAAGCCACCUGUGUGAUACGGUACGAGCUAUCUACGAAGAUCCACGUCGCCGGCUGAGCUCCCUGCGGCCACCCCGGGAGCUGAAUUCCCUCGUCCGGAUCCGCCUCAAUGGCAAUGAGACUCCUCAGGCUGUUGCAGAAGCCGAGAGAGAUGACCACGGUAGUGUCCCAGAGGGUGAGCGGCAAAACCACCUCAUGAACAGACUAAGGGAGCUGUGGAGUAAGGUGCUUCCAUUGCCAGAAUCCUCGGCAUCAUCAUCUCGUUGCAUCAUCGAUGACAACGACAUCUCUUUCUUCGCUAUUGGCGGAGAUUCGGGUUCAGCCAUGCAGCUCGCCGCCAUUUGCGAGAGCGAGGGUCUCGAGUUGGGUGUUCAAGGCGUGUUUGACUGUCCCACGCGGAGGUUGCAGGCGGCGAGACUACUCGCAUGCGGACAUCAAACAAAGGCCAAGGAGAAGAUAGAGCUCAUCUUCGAGCCGAAGCUGGGAUAG